AAAUGGCCGACUCGCAGACCAACGUCGACCAGCUCAAGCAGCUCAUCUCGCAGCUCCAGGCAAAGGUCGAGCGCCUUGAGCAGCAGGCCCAGUCGUCUGCCACCGACGCCAAGAACAAGGCCAAGGACGCCCUCACCCCGGCUCAGCACCUCCGCCUUGUCCUCAUGGGCCCGCCCGGUGCCGGCAAGGGCACCCAGGCGCCCAAGAUCAAGGAGGCGUACAACGUGUGCCACCUCGCGACCGGCGACAUGCUGCGCGACGAGGUCAAGCGCGGCACCGACCUCGGCAAGGAGGCCAAGAAGAUCAUGGACCAGGGCGGCCUCGUGUCGGACGAGAUUGUUAUUGGCAUGAUCAAGUCGCAGCUCGAGACCAACCCGGAGUGCUCGCUCGGCUUCAUCCUCGACGGUUUCCCUCGCAACGUCUCGCAGGCCGAGAAGCUCGACGGCAUGCUCACCGAGCGCAAGCAGCCCGUCGAGCACGCCGUGCAGCUCCUCGUCGACGACAACCUCCUCGUGUCGCGCAUCACGGGCCGCCUCAUCCACCCGGCGUCGGGCCGCUCGUACCACAAGGAGUUUGCGCCGCCCAAGAAAGCCAUGACCGACGACGUCACGGGCGAGCCCCUCAUCCAGCGCUCGGACGACACGGCAGAGACGCUCCACAAGCGCCUCCACACGUACCACGAGCAGACGGGCCCGGUCGCCGAGUACUACAAGAAGAAGGGCAUCUGGACCGGCGUCGACGCCGCUCAGGCCCCCAAGACCGUCUGGGCCAGCUUGUCCAAGAUCUUUGCCGAGCACGGCAAGCAGCAGUAGAGCGCACUCUCUCUCUCUCGCCCCACUCGCAGUGUCGUAUUACAUGCAUCGUCGGGCAAGUGUGCAGUGCAAAGAAAAAAGGUUACAUAGCGCUGCU